CCCGGCUGCGCUUCCCCGGCCCGCACUGCAAAGCAAGGCGCGGCUGGCGGGCCGCCAGGAUGCAGGUCCCGCACAAGGAGCACCUGUACAAGCUGUUGGUGAUCGGCGACCUGGGCGUGGGCAAGACCAGCAUCAUCAAGCGCUACGUGCACCAGAACUUCUCCUCGCACUACCGGGCCACCAUCGGCGUGGACUUCGCGCUCAAGGUGCUCCACUGGGACCCGGAGACCGUGGUUCGCCUGCAGCUCUGGGACAUCGCAGGUCAAGAAAGAUUUGGAAACAUGACGAGGGUCUAUUACCGAGAAGCUAUGGGUGCAUUUAUUGUCUUCGAUGUCACCAGACCAGCUACAUUUGAAGCAGUGACAAAGUGGAAAAAUGAUUUGGACUCCAAGUUAAGCCUCCCUAAUGGCAAACCAGUGUCAGUGGUUUUGUUGGCCAACAAAUGUGACCAGGGGAAAGAUGUGCUCAUGAACAAUGGCCUCAAGAUGGACCAGUUCUGCAAGGAGCAUGGUUUCGUAGGAUGGUUUGAAACAUCAGCAAAGGAAAAUAUCAACAUUGAUGAAGCUUCCAGAUGCCUGGUGAAACAUAUACUUGCGAACGAGUGUGACCUGAUGGAAUCCAUUCAGCCUGACAUCGUGAAGCCCCAUCUCACAUCUCCCAGGGUUGUCAGCUGCUCCAGCUGUGCUAAAUACUAGUAGGCUCCUAUGCUGGCGUAUGAUGGAAGUGAUCCAAUCAUCUCAUGAAUUGUGUCUCAGUUCCUACCGUUUUGGGCAAAUAUCAGGAUAGGGAUACAUCUGGGGCAAAGCCAAAGAUCUGUGCCUGUAUCUUUCCUCUAAGAGAAAUAGCAAAUGUUCUUUCUAUGUUUUUCUCAGCAUCAGCACAGUGUUUACAAGCUUUUAAAAUAUUUAGUCUGUUACAAAAUUCUGUCUUGUAGCUGACCAUAAUUGUGCAGGGCCAGAGUCGGCCCGGUGAUUUGCUUCUUUGAGUCAGCCAAGGCCUCAGGUCUGAAAGAGAAGGGGGAGAGGAACAGGCUAGCUGUCAAGUUAAGCAUCGGUUUUCACUUUGCCCCUGGUGUCUUUGUUCAGAUUUCAGUACAUCCUCUGCUGGUCUGACAGGCCUACUAAGUAGAAACAGUAUUUUCUCCAGAGAUGACCUCAAUUCUCAACAGACCUAAAGUUGUCUCUGAUUUAGCUCUUCAGAGCCAUGUACACAGGCUUCCUGUGCUUUUGUUGCUUUUACUGUCCCUUGCCAUGCCCUGAAUGUUGGUUUAACUGAAAACUUUAUGAAAAGACUGCCCCUGGUAUGUGCCUUUCUUUUAGCUUUCUCUUUUAGUCCCACUCAAGCUGUGGGACUCUUCUGUGCGUGUCAUACAUAUUAUAUAUAUUUUCACAAGUGAAAAUAAAACAUUAA